AUGUCUCACUCCAAUCAACAACUUGAUGCCCCCGCCCAGUCCCUUCAUGCAAUCAAUUUUACCUUGCCUGAAUUCUGGCAACACGCUCCAGAACUUUACUUCAUCCGCAUAAAUUCAGCCUUUUAUUCUGCCAACGUUACCAAGGAGCUAGCAAAAUACCACAAACUCGUGGAGGUCCUUCCCGCUAGUAUCAUCUCUCAAGUUCCGUCCUUGCUAGCUAAUCCUCCUGCAGAUGCUCCCUACUCCGCGUUAAAGGCAGAAAUCCUCCGACUUAAUCCUGUGUCUGACCGACAGAGGUAUCACCAGUUAAUUAAGGAGGAGUCACUAGGUGACCGGAAGCCCUCAGAGCUUCUACGUCGGAUGCGUUCUCUCCUUGUAGGCAUGCAAGUUGAUGAUAAAUUUGUCAAGGAGAUGUUCCUAGAGCGUCUGCCCGCAGAUGUUCAAACGAUUCUGGCAUCUGGUUCUCAGGAUCUUACGGUAUCACAGCUGGCGGAGAUGGCGGAUAGAAUGAUAGAAGCGCAACGGUUCCUGUCACCUUCCGUUGCCCAGAUUUCCUCAUCUUCAUCGUCAGUGAAUGAAAAUCUAUUGAAACAGGUGUCGGCCAUGGCGGAUGAGAUGGCCUCCCUUAAAAUACAACUCGUCCGCCUAACUUCCAGUCGCUCACGCAGUCGUCGUCGUUCUCGUUCGCGACCUCGGACUGCUGAUACUUGCUGGUACCACACUAAUUUCGGCGUAAGGGCCCGUCGCUGUUCCUCACCUUGCUUUUUUAAGUCGAAACAGGGAAACCAGUCAGCCAGAGAAUAGAUGCGAUCGUUUUCUCUGGCUCUUCCGGUUCUGGUCACACCUUCUAUGUUUGCGACACUGCGACUCGCAGAGUUUUUCUGGUGGACACUGGAGCUCAUAUCAGUGUUGUUCCCCCAACUGCAGCUGAUCGUCGUUUCCCUAGCCCUGGUCUUCACCUUCAAGCUGCUAACUGUUCCCCCAUUCCCACUUUUGGCAGUCUGUCCCUCACCCUGAACAUUGGCCUUCGUCGGUCAUUUACUUGGAUUUUUGUGAUUGCUGCCUUCCCUCAUGCAAUCCUCGACUCGGACUUUCUUGCCGAGUUUGAUCUUCUUGCUGACUGUCGACGUGCCCGUCUCCCCGACCGCACAACCGGUCUGUUUGUUGGUGGACCAACUCCCUUUACUGCCCCCACAAAUUUAUCUGUUUUGGAUACGGAUAUUGCUAGUCCUUUUCGGCAACUGCUUCUUAGUCACCCCAACAUAAUUAACCCCCAGUUUCGCAGUUGUGAGGUUCAACAUGAUGUUGUGCACCAUAUACGCACGUCAGGUCCUCCCGUGUUUGCUCGACCGAGACGACUAGCACCGGAGCGUUUCCAGGCCGCGAAGGCGGAGUUUGAACACAUGCUGCAACUGGGAAUAAUUCCACCGUCCGAGAGCCCUUGGGCGUCCCCACUGCACACGGUGCCCAAAGUGACAUCAGGCGACUGGCGACCCUGUGGCGACUAUCGUGCCCUCAACAGCGCUACCAUUCCUGAUCGGUACCCCGUGCCUCAUCUUCAGGACUUUGCUGGAGCCCUUUUCGGCAAAGCGGUUUUCUCGAAGAUUGAUCUGGUGCGUGCCUCUCAUCAGAUUCCAGUUGCUUCCGAAUACAUCCCUAAAACCGCCGUCACCACACUCUUCGGUCUCUUUGAGUUCAUCCGCAUGCCGUUCAGUCUUCGUAAUGCCGCCAAAACGUUCCAGAGGUUCAUCGACCAUGUUUUACGUGGCCUACCCUUAGUGUACGCCUACAUUGAUGACCUCUUGGUGGCCAGCUGGAAUGAAGAAGAACACAAAGAGCAUCUUGCCUUGGUGUUUGACCUUCUUGACAAGUUUGGCGUUGUCAUCAACCCCCUUCAAGUGCGUGUUGGGUGUGCCUUCACCCGAGUUCCUCGGCCAUCAGGUCGACUCUGAAGGUUUGCGACCCCUCCCCUCCAAGAUUGAAGCAGUUCGUAAUUUUCCUCCUCCAACUUCCAAGCGUCAGUCACAGCGAAUCCUCGGCAUGGUCAAUUUUUACCGUCGGUUCCUACCGAACUGUGCUGACCUCAUGCUGCCGCUCACCAACAUGCCUUCUGGUCCCAAAGGUCCCCGGGAGCUGACUGGUGAAGCACUAACUGCUUUUGAGAGAAUCAAGAACUCGCUUGCCGAUGCCACCUUACUCACGCAUCCCGCUCCCGAAGCUCAGCUGUCCCUGAUGGUAGAUGCUUCGACCGUAGCCGUAGGUGCAGUCCUUCAACAACACCUUGCUGGCUCGACUCAACCACUCGCCUUUUUCUCCAAAAAGCUCUUACCAGCUGAGACACGCUACAGUACCUUUGGCCGUGAACGACUUGCCAUUUACCUGACUGUGAAGCAUUUCCGGCAUUUCCUUGAAGGUCGUGACUUCACUGUUUUCACUGACCACAAACCGUUGACUUUUGCACUUCGUUCCCACUCCGACAAAUACAAUCCGAGGGAAAUCGCCCACCUGGACUACAUCUCCCAAUUCACCACCGACAUCCGCCACAUAGAUGGCACGAAGAAUGAGGUGGCUAAUAUGCUGUCCAGACCCUCACUGUCUUCCCUCCAACUCUUACACGGGAUCGAUCUUUGUGCCAUGGCACUGAGCAACAGCAAGUCGAUUGACGAGUCUGUUAGUGGUCUGCUACUCAAAGACGUUCCUCUGACCACCGGCUCUGGUACAAUACUUUGUGACGUCUCAACUCCCUUUCAUCGCCCUUUUGUGCCCGCCUCGAUGCGUCGAGCUGUAUUUCAAACUCUGCAUGGACUCUCCCACCCUUGGAUCCGAGCCUCUCAAAAUCUCCUCGUGGAAAGGUUUGUCUGGCCUGGCAUGAACAAGGAAGUCAAAGCUUGGGCUCGGUCGUGUCUGAGCUGCCAGCACAACAAGGUGCAGCGUCACAACAAGUCCCCACCAGGCACUUUCCCCAGUCCCGAUGCACGGUUCAGCCAUGUGCACCUGGAUAUCGUAGGCCCCUUGCCUCCAUCCAAUGGUUUCACCUACCUCCUUACCUGUGUCGAUCGAUAUACUCGCUGGGCUGAAACUAUUCCUUUGCCGAAUGUUCAGGUUGAAACCAUCGUAAAGGCCUUCGUCAGUCGUUGGGUCGCCAUGUUCGGUGCCCCAUCCACGGAUACGACUGAUCGUGGUGUCCAGUUUGAGUCGGCACUCUUCCAAACGGACGACAGCCUACCACCCAGCUGCCAACGGUUUGGUGGAACGUUUUCAUCGUCAGCUAAAGACCGCCCUGCGUACCGAUGA